UGAUCUCUAUAACUGACUGGAAGUUCUUUAACUUGCUGGAGAUAUUUUCCUCACAAGUUCGACCCUUACACUGAAUGUAACGGCGAUUUGAAAAGACGAAUCAACGGUGCAAUAUAUCUGUUUGGUUCCAGACCAUUCUUAAAAGGGAAUAUCUGACAUCAGAAGACAGACGUGAGACUUAGUGUUCGAAAUGACGGAAUCCAUAUUUUUGACGCUUCUUGUAGUGUUUCUUCUCAAUAUACACAAUGGAAACAGUGAACCUCGCUUUAUCCAAGAACCAGAAGAUUACUUUGGGUUUCAAGAUAAAUUCCAAAAUCUUUAUGCCCAGGUUGACGGGGCGGAAGAUCCGCGUUAUCAAUGGUAUCAGAAUGGUUCGAAAAUUUUAAUGGUUCCGGGUACUAAUUUUGGUGUCACUAGUCCAAAUUUAAUGUUUUUCAAACGAAGCCUAGCAACUCAGGGAAUCUAUCAGUUAUUCGUAUCGUCAAAUAUGGGAAGGAUUUUCGGACGCGAAAUCAAAGUAGAGUUCACCAUUGUUGGCAAAUUUUCUGAUAAAACCGUGAGAACAGUAAAUGUCGUGAUUGGAAAGACGUUCCAGUUGGAGUGUCCUGGGCAUACGCUAACACAACGUGCCGUGUACAAGUGGGGAGGAACUGGAAACGUUGGCGGAACAUGGUUUUUUAAUGACAGACCAGAUGUGUUGGUUCUCGAAGACGGAAGACUGUUCUUUUCUCACGUGACAAGAAAUGAUGUGAAUGAAAUUGAAGGAAAAAACGGGAUCAGCUGCUUACUAGAAGCAACCCACGGGCGAGACAUCAGAUUCGACAAGUCUGCAGUUUUUAGGUUUAAUAUUACUGGAGAAGAAACAACAGCAUUUGGCCCAACGUUGGAGAAAAUUCCAAACAAGGAAGUAGUGGAAGGAGAAACUUUGCAAUUGCGAUGUAUUGCCGCUGGAUACCCAACACCGACCUACAAAUGGAAAAAGAGAAAUAGCAUUGGCUUAACGACAGAUGUGAUCGACAAAGUCGACGGUGUUUCAUUAUCUGAAUUUAAUAAAUUUUUAGUCAUUAAAAACACCAUGAAAAGUCGCCAUGCUGGGACCUACACUUGUGAGGCAACCAUUGAUGGAAAUGGAUAUAAAAAUAUCUCCACAACAAGUAACAAAGUGUUAAUACGAGAGAAGCUUUCUUGGGUGAAAGGUACACUCAUCAAAAGUGCCAAACCGAAUAUCUCAACUGUACACAGGUGGAAGUGUAUGGCGAAAGGAGAGCCGGAGCCUGAGUACCACUGGUAUUCAAAUGCUACUAUUAUGCAAAAUGAGAGCGCUCGUUACACAAUCGAAGGAGGAAUCCUGACAUUUCAUCGCGUAUCACUCGAGGACAACGGGAUGUAUCAAUGCGUGGCAAAGAAUAAAUUUGGUUUUCAGUAUCAAACUGUUUCUAUGGAUGUUCAAGUCAAACCUCCCAAAAUUACGGCAGCACUUUCCCAUCAGAAUUUUGUGGUUGAAAAUACUGGAAUGAUCUCGUGUGUAUCCGAUGCCUUGCCGCAUGCAAGUCAUCAUUGGCUGUUCAACGGAGUAAAAAUAGAACCAAAAAAGACUGCAAAGUACAAGUUGACUAAAGCACAAAAUUUGCUCGUUCAUAAUUUGACCCAGAAUGAUACAGGAGCAUACACCUGUGUCGCAAUGAAUAUGUUUGGAAAAGACACGAAGGAAACAUAUAUCAAAGUUGCGGAAAUAAUGUUCAAAAGGGGUCCAGAAAACAACACGAAUGUCCUUGAAGGAACAAGUUUCUCACUGGUCUGCGAUGCUGAUUCGGACCCACCAUUAAACAUUCGUUAUAAAUGGCUCUUCGAAGGCAAAGACCUUGUACUGAGCGACAAAAAUCAUAUUACAUGGGAUCUUAAUAGUCGCGCUCUGACAGUUUCAAACGCACAGGCUCAGGAAAGUGGUGUUUACGAAUGUAUUGCGUAUAGUGACACGUCCCAGAAAAGCUCAAGUGCUACAGUUAUCGUUAGAGCUCUGCCGAGCCCGCCCGAAAACCUGAGAUUGCAUGGACAGUGCACAGAUCUAACUGCAAACCUUACCUGGUCCAUCAGCUACAGGAGUUCCUACGAGCCACUCACACGUAUACUUAUACAAUGGCGAACUUCACGUGACACCAGCACGUGGUAUAAUUUUUCUGAUCACGUGAAGGGAAGUGCAAAUAGUUACGUGUUGAAAAAUCUCAACCCUUAUAGUGAUAUAGUGUUUCGUGUGAUUGCUUUGAAUGAACAUGGAAUGGGAAAGCCAAGUAAUUCAACUAAAGGACAGGAGUGUAAAACACGAGCAGCAAAACCGUCAGUAUGUCCACAAAAUGUGACAGGAAAUUCGAAAAAUCCCCACGAGAUUGAUGUAACCUGGCAGACUGUUAAAUCUCUUGACUACAACGGUCCAGGAUUUGGCUACAUUGUGCAGUACAGACAACUUGGAUCGACAAUAUGGCUUAAGGAAAACAUUUCUCAACACAGCGAACAGCGUUUUACCAUUAGAACUACAUCAGCCAAUCAGCUGUGGGAAUUUGAAGUUAAGAGCAAGAAUGACGAGGGCGUUGGACCCGAUUGUUCCUCCGAGCAAGCGCGAUCUGCCAAAGAUGCCAAGAUUACAUUCACAGUACGACCAUCAAACAAGACAGAUGUUCGAAAAGGAAACCCAUUUUCGUUGUCUUGCAAAGCUUACUCUAAUCCACAAUUACCUAUGAACUACAAAUGGUUUCACGAUGGCAAGGAUCUCGGUCAAAGUGGAAGUAAUUUUACUGUUUCAAAAUCUCGGCUUCUGGAUAGUGGAUUGUACGAAUGUGUUGCCUAUGUCAAGACAUCCAUGUAUAAUGCGGAGACCCGUGCAAGUUCUACUGUUAUUGUUCGAGGUCCACCUGAGGCACCUGGCGAUGUAAUUCUGAAAGGUAACUGCUUGAACUUCACUGCAAACCUAACAUGGACAAUACACAGAAGAUCCUACCAACAAUUAACAAACAUAUCGAUACAAUGGAGCUUGUCCCAUGACACAAGUACUUGGUAUGACGUCAGUGAUCACGUGAAAGGCAGUGCAAAUGGUCACGUAGUACGUGGACUGAACCCCUACAGUAGUCUUGUGUUUCGAGUUAUUGCUGUGAACGAAUACGGACAGAGUAAACCAAGCCUCAUAACAUUAGGACAAGAGUGCAAGACCCCAGAAGCAAAGCCCACAGUGUGCCCGACUAAUGUUGAAGGAUCAGCUGAUAAACCCGAAAGCAUUGUAAUUACGUGGAAGGCAGUUUCAAAGCUGCAUCAAAAUGGCCCCAAGUUUGGAUACACUGUCAGCUACAGGAAACCCGGGUCCCAAUGGCAACACAGGGAAGUCAAUGGAGUGGAAAGAGUUACGAUAUCGAAAGCCGGCGUGUAUCAAUUGUGGCAAUUCAAAGUUGAAAGUAAAAAUGCACAAGGGAAAGGAACAGAGUGUGCAAUAAAAGAAACUCGGACAGUCAGAGAGAAACCAAAAUUGGCCCCACAAUCAUUCGGGUAUAAGGAUGUUGGACCCGACUAUGUCGUACUUGAAUGGACCCCUGUGGAUGCUUUAGGAAUUGAAGGGUAUCAGAUCAGUUACUGGCAUAAGAGCACCAUAAAAACCAGAGUUCGACGUGAUAAUCAUAAUUGUACUGAUGAAAAAAAGCCUUGCACGACCCGAAUUUCAAACAUUACGACACGUCAAUAUACGCUAGGAAAUCUUAAGCCCCAUACAAGCUACACGAUGUACUUACAAGCUUACAAUGGAAAGGGAGAGGGGCCGAAAAGUAACAUCCUCAACCUUAACACAAAGGAAGGCCAGCCCGGAGCUCCUGAUGAAGUCAGAGUUACGUCCUAUGGACGUUACCUCAAUAUGACCUGGAAACCACCAAUCGAACCAAACGGUGUUAUAACUGGUUAUAUACUCAAAGUUACAAAUGGUACAAAUAUCACGGUUAGUUACUACACAACGUGGUAUUUAUUCGAAGAUCUGGAGCCUUUGAAGGAUUAUGAUGUAAGAAUUAACGCCAAGAAUUCAGCUGGAGUGGGAAGCACAGUAUCAAUGGUAGUGACAACAACAGAAGUGAGAGUUCCAGCGGUCGCAAGGAGACCAGAUGUUCAUGGUUUGGACGCAGAAAGUGUUAAUGUAACGUAUAGACCUGGCAGUACGUCUAAGACUAGUGGUUUUCCUGAGAAAUUUUACGUUGUGUAUAAAGAAAAAGGUGAAGAUAAUGAGAUGUUAAACGCAACAAAUUUGACAUUGAUAAAAAGAAAUGGGGAGAAGUCCUUUAUCAUUGUUAGCGGAUUAGACAACCACAAAACUUACAUGUUCGCCACGAUUGUUAUGAACGGUGAUAAGAAAAGCGAUAAAAGUGACUUCACUGAAGGACGCGCCAUCUUAAAUGAAGGUUUGUUGUUUCGUUUAUUUAUUCUCAACUAG